UCUCGGUGAUGGAGUCUCCAGCUCCCGCGCGCUCCUCUCGGCUCCUGCUCGCCUACAAGAGCGCGGCGCAGCACCUGCUCUCCAAAGCGGGCAUGCGCGCGCUCCAGCUACAGCGGAGCGCGAGCGCCGCCGCCGCCAAGGACAAGCAGCGCUCGUCCCCGAUCGCGCAGCUCGCCGCGCUCGUGCUGCAGCGGCGGCGGCGGCGCCGGCGUCUCGCGCUCGAGUCUACCGCGCUGUCGCUCGCGCCCGCGCCCAAGCCGCGGAACAGCCGGCGCGUGGUGGUGCUCGGCGCGCCGCGCGUGGGGAAGACGAGCAUCGUGCGGCGCUUCCUGCGCGAGGACUUCGAGGAGCGCUACGAGCCCACGCGCGAGGACUUCCACAGGAAACUCUACCACAUCCGCGGGGAAGCGUAUCAGAUAGACAUCCUGGAUCCAGCCGGGGAGAGAGAGUUCCCGGCCAAGCGCAGGCUGACCAUCCUCACAGGAGAUAUCUUCCUGCUGGUCCUCAGUCUGGAUGACCGCGCCUCCUUUGAUGAAGCGCGCUCCCUGCGCUCUGAGAUCUCUCAGGCCAAAAGCGCGCUCCUGCGCUGCCCCGCCGAGGGCGCGCGCGUGCCCGUGGUCGUGUGCGCGAACAAAGCAGAUCUGCCGGCGGAGGAGCGCGCGGUGUCGCGCGCCGAGCUACUGCGCGCCUUCGGCGGCAAGGACACCGCGUGCACGCUCUUCGAGACGUCGGCCAAGGAGGGCGACGAGACCCUGGAGCGCGCGUUCGAGGCCCUGGCAGCGCGCGCGGGGCUGCCCGUGGAGACCGGACCCUCGCACCACCGCAGAGUGUCCCUGCGCUCGUACCGCAGGCUGGGGGGAGGAGGGAGGAAGGCCGAAGCGCACGCGAGCCCCUGCGGCGCGCUCCACCCGCUCGCGCGCAGACCCAGCAUGAACGCGGACCUCAGGCUCGUGCUCGCGACCCAUGGGAAAAAGAGGACGAGCAAACCGGCCAAGAAGUGACUGUGAAAGAGAGAGAGAGAGAGAGAGAGAGAGAGAGAGAGAGAGAGAGACAUUGGCUUAUUACACAGUACUGUACUGACAUCAGUGACCUUCCAUUAGUUUGAGUGUAAAUAUGAAUAUGAAUGUGAAUCGAUCUGUUCAGCUCAUUCUGUACAGCCUCAUUUAUUAACUUAUCGAUGUAUUUAUUUAUUUAUUUACAUAUUUAUUAUGAUCACUGCAGCCGUUGGGUUGGAACUGUAGCAGCCAGCCAGCGAUGGAUAAUCAAUGAGUGUGUCUACAUUCACUUACGAAUCUGAUCACUGCAGAAAACCUGAUUUUUCUCAAUAAUCCAAUCAACAUGUUUACAUGAACUUACAGAAUCGGAUCCUGGGGGAACUCCGGGUCCACAUGAGUCAGAUGGUUAUCAGAUUCCUGCUUUACGCAGAGGAAGAUCAAACUUCGUUAGCGGCUUUUUCAGGUCACCUGAAAAUGUGAGCGUUCAUCACCCAGAUCUGAUUCGUCAAGCGUUUCAGCCUCGCUCCAGGAGUGUUCUGCUGCGUCUCGUGGCGACGUGGCUCGCUGAUUUCUGGCGCCUCCGUCUGUUUCGCACAUGCUCAGACUGAGGAAUCCGAAAGAAAUCAGAGUAAGAGUCACACUGAGAAACCUGACUACGGAGCUCAGAUAUCAGAUCAGAUAUGUGCAGAAAUCAGAUGCUCAGAUCAUUAAUUGCAUGUAAACACACUGUGUGUUCUUUACUGAAAGGCCUUACAUGAAAACUGCGAUCAAACAGACAGUUUGGAAUAAAAGCUUUGAUAUAAAUGAA